UUUUGCAACCGCUCGACCCGUGUAGAUCGCAUUUUGGCAUUGUUCUUGGGGUGUGUUCCCGGAUGAUCCUGUGAGACUUCCAUUCCAAAGAUUCUGGGAAAGAAUCUGCUUUUUUGUAGAGUGACAUAUCGGCAAACGUGUGUUUCCGAGGGGUCUGUGUGUUCUAGAACUCUGAAAAAAUCAACAUAGAAGUGGGCAGCUUAAAUCAAACAUUGUGAUUGAUGUGAUCAGAAGCCGGAUCUUCAAUUGAUGGCAAGUGGCGUGCCCCAAUCUAGGUGCAAAUCCAUCGAAACUCCUCCAGCGAGGCUAGAAAUGCCGCUGUGGGCGCCCUGAACUGUUGUUUGUCACUGUUUACCUUUAGAAUUGACGCUGGAAGAGUUAUAGCGCGAAUGUCUAUCGUCGUCGUCGUCGUCGAGCGAUCGUAUCCUAUAGUUCAUCGCCGCCAGUCUCAUCCCAUUCCAUUUUAGUAUUUAUGUAAUUCGCUUAUUUAUUCUUCUAACGAUAGCUCGCAUUUAUAAUAGAAAUAAAUAUAGCAUUAGUGCACGUUAGGCAGGUAACAAUAACGCAAAAGGUUCGCGAAGUGCUGCACUUCCUUCAUUCGUUGGAAGAAUCCGUGGAUGUUGUAGCCAUAUAGAACGCAUAGAUUCAGUUUGGAAUAGCAAAAAAAAAUCAAAUCCAACCGCCUAUAGCGGCGAGAUUAGAACUGAGUAGGAGCUCUGGCACGCCAAGUGUCACCGGAUCGUGCAUGUGUGUGACGGUGUUAAUGAAUAGGUAAACAAUUGCUACUCGCUCAGCAUCAUCAUCUUCAUCAACGAGCGAAAACAGCCGUAGCCGUACUAGAAGACACUUGCCAAGCCAACAACUCCUCUGCACACGCGGGCAGAGGAAAAACUCAUCAACAAACAACGUGUCGAACAAGUGAAUAGCAUUAGUCAUAUUUUAAGCCCGCAAGAAAAAGAUGCUGCUGACAGCAGCGAUGGGAAAUCUGCCGGUGCUGCUUUUGGUGGUUUUAGGCGUGCACAUUACGGUGGCGAAAGCACAGCAGGAAGUGAUAGUAUCCAUAGAUGAUCCCGAUAAGACACAAUACCAUGAAGCGAAUUUCAAUACGAGUGCCUAUCAGUUCGGCUAUGAAGUCGGUCCAAACGGCCAGUUCCAUCACGAAACACGAGGCCCCGAUGGAGUUACUUACGGCUGUUAUGGUUACAUCGAUCCUAACGGGAUGCUCCGGGUCACGCACUACGUUGCCGACAGUCACGGUUACCGUGUGGUCGAACCGAACAGACCGGUGGAGAUUUUCACCGACUCUCCAACACACUACAGCAACUCGCUCAGUGAAGACGAACCCCAGACGCGACACCGAGGUCAGCUGGUAGCCUGGCAGGAUUUGUAUCUUCCACGGGGCUGCGGAAUGUAUCCCGGAGGACUUCGGCCAGACAAACCAGUGGUUACACCACCACCACCAUCCACCGGCGCACCUACAAGCGGCACCAAUACUGGCGGUGGCAGUGGCACUGGUAGUCCUCAAGGAAGCGGAGGGUCUCAGCAGUCUGGUGGUAAUCGUCCAGGCCAAAACCAAGGACAGUGGCAGGGAUCUGGGCAAGGACAAAAUCAAGGUCAGGGACAGGGACAAGGUCAGAAUCAAGGGCAAGGACAAGGGCAAGGGCAAGGUCAGAAUCAAGGCCAAGGACACUGGCAAGGACAGGGACAAAAUCAAGGCCAAGGGCAAGGACAAGGUCAAGGACAUAAUCAGAACCAAGGACAGGGACAGAAUCAAGGACAAUGGCAAGGCCAAGGUCAAGGACAAAACCAAGGACAGGGACAAAAUCAAGGAAACUGGCAAGGCCAAGGGCAAGGACAUGGACAAGGCCAGAAUCAAGGGCAAGGACAGGGGCAAAAUCAAGGACAAGGGCAGAAUCAAGGAAACUGGCAAGGCCAAGGUCAUGGGCAGGGACAAGGACAAGGCCAGAAUCAGGGGCAAGGGCAAAAUCAAGGUCAUGGACAAGGACAAGGACAAGGUCAGGGUGGAGGACAAAAUCAGGGGCAGGGACAGGGACAAGGACAGGGUCAGGGACAUGGACAAGGACAGGGUCAGGGACAAGGACAAGGACAAGGACAAAAUCAGGGUCAACGACCUGGACAAGGACAAGGGCAGGGCCAGGGACAAGGACAAAAUCAAGGGCAAGGACAAAGUCAGGGACAAGGACAGAACCAAGGACAGGGUCAGGGACAAGGGCAAGGACAGGGUCAGGGACAAGGGCAAGGACAGGGUCAGGGACAAGGACAGAACCAAGGACAGGGUCAGGGACAAGGACAGAACCAAGGACAAGGACAGAACCAAGGACAAGGACAGGGUCAGGGACAAGGCCAGGGUCAAGGGCAGAACCAAGGACAAGGUCAAGGGGGAAACUGGCAGCAGCAAGGCCCAGGAGGUCAGAGUCAAGGGCAAACGCCACAAACUGGACCUGGGCAUCACCAUCAAGGACAACAUCAAGGAUCUCAUCAGGGUCCAAUAAGCUCCGGUCAACAUCAAGGCCAGCAUCAAGGAAGCCAUCAAGGGGCCAACCAAGGUUCCCAUUCUGGUCAGCACCAAGGGUCUCAUCAAGGUCCCAUUAGUUCCAGUGAACAUCAAAAUCAACAUCAAGGUAGUCACCAAGGAUCUUCUGGUCAGCACGGUGGGCAACAUCAAGGAUCUCAUCAGGGUCCGAUAAGCUCUGGUCAACAUCAAGGCCAACAUCAGGGAAGUCAUCAAGGAGCAGGACAAGGCUCCCAUGGUGGCCAACAUCAAGGAUCUCAUCAAGGUCCUAUUAGUUCUAGUGAACAUCAAAAUCAACAUCAAGGUAGCCACCAAGGUUCUUCUGGUCAACACGGAAGCCAACAUCAAGGAUCUCAUCAAGGGCCGAUCAGUUCUGGAGAACAUCAAGGUCAGCACCAGAGUAGUCAUCAAGGAGCCGGGCAAGGAACGCACCAAGGCCAACACCAAGGGUCACAUCAAGGUCCUAUUAGUUCUAGUGAACAUCAAAAUCAGCAUCAAAGCAGCCACCAAGGUAUUAAUCAGGGACAACAUCAAGGGCAACAUCAGGGUCAACAUCAAGGUCCGAUUAGCUCAGGGCAACAUCAAGGCAGUCAUCAAGGAAGUCACCAAGGUGGCAGUCACGAGCAUCAGGCCCAACACCAAGGAUCCCACCAAGGGCCGUUUGGUAAUUCCACCCACAGCAUUCAGGUAUCGUGGGGAAACCAGAAACCAGGACAACAAGGUCAAGGUCAAGGCCAAGGUCAACAGCAAGGGCAAGGACAAGGCCAGGGGCAAGGACAAGGCCAGGGACAAGGGCAAGGACAGGGGCAAGGUCAAGGACAGGGGCAAAAUCAAGGGCAAGGACAAGGACAGGGGCAAGGUCAAGGGCAAGGACAAGUACAACAACCUGGCCAGGGACAAUGGCAAGGUCAAGGGCAACAGCCUGGUCAAGGUCAGUGGCAAGGAUCAGGACAAGGACAACAGCCUGGACAAGGUCAAUGGCAAGGAUCCGGACAAGGACAGGGUCAACAACAAGGUCAAGGUCAAGGACAAGGACAAUGGCAAGGGCAAGGGCAAGGUCAAACGGGGCAACAGGGACAGGGUCAAUGGCAAGGACAGGGGCAGCAAACAACAACCAGUAGGCCCAUUGGAGGACCUUCGACGGAGUAUCCGUAUGGACCGACGACACCCCCGCCUGGUUUCACUACAGCUCAACCAGCUUACCCAUCGACUGCCAGUGGCGUGCAACCUCCGAAUCGCCCAGGUCAAUCUGGUCCUCCUCCAUCCAGCGGAGGCAGCAACAACAACCAGUAUCCCCCUUACCAGAUUGCUGUCUCUCAGUAUCCAUAUUUCUUUGUUCCUUAUCCUUAUCCUCCUCCCUCCAAUGUCCCUCAAGCUCCAUGCAAUUGCCCACAGGACCAGAAUCGACCACCGACCGGUUAUCUCGGUUUCAUCCCGGUCAUUUACGUACCGAGGUGUGACGCUCAAAAAAGUGGUCUUCCCACUCAUAUCAACUGGCCGGCCCCUCCUCCGCCGAAUGGUGUUGGCCGAGUCAUUGACGACUUGCCGCUACAGCGGCUAGUCCAGAAUGCGGACGGAAGCUGGAACGUUGAACAGCUGUCGCCUGAAGAACAACAAAAGCAACUGCAGCAGCUGCAAAUAGCGCCACUGCAAUCGCAGCCGCAGCAGACUCCACAGCCAAGGCCACGCCAGAUUCGCAACCGUAGACUUCGGAGUAGACGGCCGCCACCGCCACCACCAUCUCCAUCGCAGGAGGAGGAUUCAGCGAUCAGACCGGAAUCACAGAUCGAGUCCGCGUGAUGAUGAAAGAGAUACAAGGAUGUUAGAAUCAAGGAAAAAAAUGAGGCAGUAUUAAACUGCCCAUACAUUUAUAAUAGUCCUAUGUUUACUUGAUUUCCUAUCUUCAUGGGACUGUUAUGCAUCUAUGGGCAGUAAAAAGGUAACGAUAGUGAGAAACAGGAAUGGAGACUGGUUGUGAUGGACGAGUCCAGUAUGGCGUCCUCCAGUGAUCGACCAUUAAUGGUAGGACGUGAGACGAAAAUACUCAUUCGAUUUUAAGCUUAUGUAUGUGGUAGGUAGCUGAUUCUUGUGGAACAAGCAACAAGACGAAACGAACGAUAUCUAGUGUAUUAAAAAAUUUCAUAG